UGGGUGUGUUUUACAUUGAAAAUGUUGCGGUACAUCGUCUGUCACUGUCUUCACGCUCUGGGGGUGGGCUGAGGCAGGGAGGGUGUGACGCUGGUAUUUGUGUGAACUCGGGCUUGUGAUGCUGAGCUUGGUUCAUCCUCUUUCUCCUCCCUUCUCCUCCCCGCUCCUUCUCACCAGCGCCGCAGCGACAUCCCCGAGUCUCAGCGAACUGCGUCCAGCGCGGGCACAGAGCCUCCCACCGCCAGCAACCUGCAGCCGGGGAGAGGAGCCCGCGCAGUGACAGCGCCUCACCGCCACCAGUCCCCCAACCACCAUGGCCAAGAACCGCAGGGACAGGAACAGUUGGGGUGGGUUUUCAGAAAAGGCAUAUGAAUGGAGCUCAGAAGAGGAGGAACCAGUCAAAAAGGCAGGACCAGUCCAAGUCCUCAUUGUCAAAGAUGACCAUUCCUUUGAAUUAGAUGAAACUGCAUUAAAUCGAAUUCUUCUCUCAGAAGCUGUCAGGGACAAGGAAGUCGUUGCUGUAUCUGUUGCUGGAGCAUUUAGAAAAGGAAAAUCAUUCUUGAUGGACUUCAUGUUGAGAUACAUGUACAACCAGGAAUCAGUUGAUUGGGUUGGAGAUUACAAUGAACCAUUGACUGGUUUUUCAUGGAGAGGUGGGUCUGAACGAGAGACCACAGGAAUCCAAAUAUGGAGUGAAGUCUUCCUUAUCAAUAAACCUGAUGGUAAAAAGGUCGCGGUGUUAUUGAUGGAUACUCAGGGAACCUUUGAUAGUCAGUCAACUUUGAGAGAUUCGGCCACAGUAUUUGCCCUUAGCACAAUGAUCAGCUCAAUACAGGUGUAUAACUUGUCCCAAAAUGUCCAGGAGGAUGAUCUUCAGCACCUCCAGCUUUUCACUGAAUAUGGCAGAUUGGCAAUGGAGGAAAUAUUCCUGAAGCCAUUCCAGAGUCUGAUAUUUCUUGUUCGAGACUGGAGUUUCCCAUAUGAAUUUCCAUAUGGAGCUGAUGGUGGCUCCAAAUUCUUGGAAAAACGCCUCAAGGUCUCAGGGAACCAGCAUGAAGAACUACAGAAUGUUCGAAAACACAUCCAUUCCUGUUUCACCAAAAUUUCCUGUUUUCUGCUACCUCAUCCUGGCUUAAAAGUAGCUACCAACCCAAACUUUGAUGGAAAACUGAAAGAAAUAGAUGAUGAAUUCAUCAAAAACUUGAAAAUACUCAUUCCUUGGCUACUUAGUCCUGAAAGCCUAGAUAUUAAAGAGAUCAAUGGGAACAAAAUCACCUGCCGAGGUCUGGUGGAGUACUUCAAGGCUUACAUAAAGAUCUAUCAAGGUGAAGAAUUACCACAUCCCAAAUCCAUGUUACAGGCCACAGCAGAAGCUAACAAUUUAGCAGCCGUGGCAACUGCCAAGGAUACAUACAACAAAAAAAUGGAAGAGAUUUGUGGUGGUGACAAACCAUUUCUGGCCCCUAAUGACCUGCAGACCAAACAUCUGGAGCUUAAGGAAGACUCUGUGAAGCUAUUCCGAGGGGUGAAGAAGAUGGGUGGGGAGGAAUUCAGCCGGCGUUACCUGCAGCAGUUGGAGAGUGAAAUAGAUGAACUUUACAUCCAGUAUAUCAAGCACAAUGAUAGCAAAAAUAUCUUCCACGCAGCUCGUACCCCAGCCACACUGUUUGUUGUCAUCUUUAUCACAUACGUGAUUGCUGGUGUGACUGGGUUUAUUGGUUUGGACAUCAUAGCUAGCCUAUGCAAUAUGAUAAUGGGACUGACCCUUAUCACCCUGUGCACCUGGGCAUACAUCCGGUACUCUGGAGAAUACCGAGAGCUGGGAGCUGUAAUAGACCAGGUGGCUGCAGCCUUGUGGGACCAGGGAAGUACAAAUGAGGCUUUAUACAAGCUUUACAGUGCAGCAGCAACACACAGACACCUGUAUCAUCAAGCUUUUCCUGCACCAAAGUCAGAAACUACUGAACAAUCAGAUAAGAAGAAAAUUUAAUCCAAAUGUAAAAAAAUACAGGUGCAUGAUCAGUUCAAUUAAAUGUUCAGUUUUAUGUCUCCAUGCAAACAUUCACAGUGCUUCCAUCAGAGCAGAGUAAAAUACCAAGCACCUCUGAAGACUGCAAAAUGGUUUAGUUCUUUUACUUCAGUGUUUAAUAAGCAAACCUAUGUAUGCAUGGUUAUAUCAUUUUGUUAAUGUGCAGUUUCCUGAUUUUGUCCUCAAAUACGCUAUUAUAAUUUACAAUAUUUGUCUAUUUAUGAUGACAGUACAUGUGUUCUGCUUGAAUUUACUGAAUUCUACUACUGGGUUAUAAUUAAACCAUGUAGUAAUAUUACUCCAUGUUUGGAUAUACUCAUUUAAUUUCUACAGAAUUUAAAAAUUUGUUCACAGUCAUUUGUUAAAGCAUAGCAUCAGAACUCAACAGGCUUGAUUCAAUCUAUAUCAUCCUACACAUACCACGAACUCCUAUUUUUAAAGAUAUUUAAGAGAGCCUUUUAGUUGCUUAAUCAAUCUAUAUAUUGCUUCUUUUUUAUGACAAUAUAGAAUAUAAACCUUUUAAUCAAAAAUGCACACAAAAAUCACUUUGUAUAUGUAUUCUGAGUUUCACUGCACUGUAGAUUUUUUCAUUUUGCACACAAAGAAAUGUAUUCUUCAUAGGUUUAUUCUUUUAAUGUGGACUAGUAUUAAAGUUUACUCUGGUUCAUAAGAAUAAAAACAUGCUUACUGAAUUGGAAAUGUUUGGAAGGUGUUGAUAUAGAAUGAAGGUUUAUCUCUCUUUUUAAAAUUCAAAAUGCAUUUUCUCUAAUAUUGGCACCAUUACAAAUUAGGUUUCCAUUUUAAAAAACAUAUGAUAAUCCCUUUAGGUAUCUUCCAGUUCUUUUUAAAUAAACCAGUGAUUCUAUAUUGUAUUUCUCAUUACUAAAUCUCUAGUGGAAUUUCAUUGAGCAUGCCUUUUAGAGAAAAAAAACAUGGUUAUUAAAAAAGAAAAUGCCUUGUGUGGCAGAGCUAAAACAGAGUCAUUUCUAACUUUCUUAAAAAUGGCUAACCCUUAAUUAAUGGUAAUGCAAAGUAAGGAGUAACAGAGAAGAAUGAUUACGGCAGAACAGUGUGAGAGAAUUCGUAAGAUAGAUAAGCUUAUAUCUUAGAAAAGUUUGAU